AUGCCACUCCCUAAAAUUUUGGCACCUUUAUUGCCUCAAUCGCAGCGUUUGCAGCAAAAGCAGCAUGACGCAGUAUUGUCUCCUGCACUGCCAAUGAGUCCUCCAACCAAUAAUCCGUACAACAACAUGAUUGGCUUGUCCACUGAAGAGACCUUGGUGGAAUCAGUCGAUGAAUCAACCACAGAGACCGCCAUCGUCCUACACGAAAAGCCAACUGCGUUUGACAUGUGUGAUAACGACUUGUUGAUUGAAUCCUGCCACGACAACAACGACGACAGCCAGCAACUAGAGCAGAAAGAACUGAUUUCCAUGUCUGCUCCAGCAGAGACCACUGCCAUGAGCACCAACACAACCUACCAAAGCUUUGGCUCUUCAUCCUCUUCCUUGACCAUGUCAUUGACUGACAGUGGAAAUGAAACGCUUACUGAAAUCACACCAGAUGAAGAGCUGGAAGAGCCGGUCAAGAUGCCUUCAUCACCUUUGGAAUGCACUACACCUGUCACUCCUCCUCAGCUCAUGGAAGAAGAACAAGCAUUCAUUGACACCAUGGAUCAUCACCAACAACUAGACCUUGUCAACAGCCCUUUACAAGUGCCUGCUGUUUCUGAUCAGCAACCAGAUGAUAUGGAGGAGGUUAUUACAUAUAGCGAAGAGCCAAUGGAAGUGUAUCAUGACCCCUUUACUGCUGUUGAUGUCAUGGACAAUCAAAUGGAAGAACGAAUACAAGCACAAGAUGAUUUCACCCAACCCAUUCAAGCUUCCUAUACUACCCAUCAAGGCGAGCUCUUGGACGAGGCUCAAGAACCUGAUUUCAUGAUGAAGAACAGCUUUAGAAGGGCACCCAGUCGCGAAGGAAGUCUCAAGAGCAAGUGCAUGAAGCUGAUCCGUGGUAUGAAGUUCCGUCUUAGUCAAGAACGAAAGGAAACGAAGAAGGAAAACCGCAUGAAGGCUGCCUUUGAAGCGUCCGCUGAUCAAGAAGGACACAUUGACACUCACUUAGCAAGAUCUUGCUCUACUGUCACCAUUUUGAAUGAGGAGAGACUAACACCCAUCUAUCGUCGUAAUAUUGCCGAAUCCACCCUAUGCAGUCCUACCAAUACUGAGCCAAUUGCACCUUACAAAUCACCAGAAAUUGGGUCAGACGCUUACGAUAUUAAACUUCUUUGCGACCAAAGCUUCUUCGGUCGAUAUUGA